ACCGAACACUUUACUCUCUCUCUCUCUCUGUCUCUGUCUCUGUCUCUGUCCGUGUCUGUCUGCUUGUAAAAUCCUAAGCUUUAGGAAUCUCCUUACCUUCAGCUUCCUCCGUUGCUCUCCACCAGAUUUUUUUCUUUUUCUUCUGCAGAUUUUAUUAUUUGAGCAACAAAGACUCGCAGGUGCAGACAAGAGCUAAAUGCAGAGAGAGAGCGCUGAUACGGAGGAGACUGCCCCCAUUUCGACCUCCACCCCCGCCAAUGCUUUCGGCUGACCACUUCAGCUUCUGAAUCGACCCAGGUCCUGCAGAAGAUACUUGCAAUAGAAUUGAGGGUUUAAGCCCCAUUGGUACGUAUCUCUCUCUCUCGAGAACCCCUUCUGCCCACGUAAAGAGAUGGUGCCCUGUACAUCGAGAAGCCUCGCACCAUCAGUGUCUGGAAACCCGAUGGGUGUUCUGACUGUUCUUGGAGGCAGAUUGUACGCGGAGAAUCAGAUGCUGAAAUUGGGCUCCGUGAAGUUAGAGCCUAAGAAUGGAUUUGUCACCCAAAAAUCAGCUUUUCCCCAAAUUAGAUGCUCGGCAAACUCUCACAGUGUCAGCCCGUAUCCAAGCAAAGACCCUUUUCUCAACCUGCACCCGGAAGUUGCCAUGCUUAGAGGGGAUAGGAGUGAGGGAACUGAAAUAUUAAACAAACAAAGCAAGAGCAGUUCCAGUGAAAUUGUGUCCGAGAGCUUAAGGGACAUACCUAGCACGAACAACCACAACGAGGCCAAGAUCAAGGUGAUCGGGGUCGGAGGUGGUGGGUCCAAUGCAGUUAACCGUAUGAUAGAGAGCGCAAUGAAGGGUGUCGAGUUUUGGAUCGUAAAUACGGACAUUCAGGCCAUGAGGAUGUCACCGGUCUUUCCUGAGCAGCGCCUACAAAUUGGGCAAGAGUUGACUAGAGGUCUUGGUGCUGGUGGGAACCCCGAGAUUGGGAUGAAUGCUGCCAAAGAAAGCAAGGAAUCGAUUGAAGAGGCUCUCUUUGGGGCAGACAUGGUUUUUGUCACGGCUGGUAUGGGAGGUGGCACAGGAACUGGCGGUGCCCCUGUAAUUGCUGGAGUUGCAAAAUCAAUGGGCAUACUGACCGUUGGUAUCGUCACAACUCCAUUCUCCUUCGAGGGACGAAGGAGGGCUGUUCAGGCCCAGGAAGGAAUCGCAGCCCUAAGGGACAAUGUGGACACUCUUAUAGUCAUUCCAAAUGACAAGCUAUUGACUGCAGUUUCACCGUCCACUCCUGUUACAGAAGCAUUUAAUCUGGCAGAUGAUAUUCUCCGACAAGGUGUUCGUGGCAUCUCAGACAUAAUCACGAUUCCUGGCCUUGUGAAUGUGGAUUUUGCUGAUGUGCGGGCUAUAAUGGCCAAUGCUGGCUCUUCAUUGAUGGGAAUAGGAACUGCAACAGGGAAGACCAGGGCAAGAGAUGCUGCUCUAAACGCAAUCCAAUCACCACUACUAGAUAUCGGCAUUGAGAGGGCUACUGGAAUUGUCUGGAACAUUACUGGUGGAAGUGAUCUGACCUUAUUUGAGGUCAAUGCUGCUGCAGAGGUUAUAUAUGACCUUGUAGAUCCGACUGCCAAUCUUAUAUUUGGAGCAGUGAUUGAUCCAACCAUCAGUGGUCAAGUGAGUAUCACCCUAAUAGCAACGGGAUUCAAGCGUCAGGAGGAAACUGAAGGUCGGUCUUUGCAGGCGGGUCAAACAUCCCAAGGAGACUACACAAUGGGAAUCAACAGGCGACCUUCCUCUUUCAGUGAAGGCAGUUCCGUGGAGAUCCCAGAGUUCUUGAAGAAGAAGGGCCGCUCACGCUAUCCCAGGGUUUAAUUUUUUGCAAGGGGUUAUAGACGAAUCCUCUCUUCCACACUGUCCCUUGAAAGAAAACCUUCAUGUAUACUGUAUUUAGGUGGCAGUGGCUUCUAGAACUGCUUUCUAGUAGCCUAACUCGCAAACGCUCACACAGUCAAAUAAGCUAUAGUUCUAGAGUUGCUUCAUGUUAUAUACAAGCGAGGGCUGAAGAUACCUCAGCCGCCUUAGCUAGCAGACUGUCAAUAAGUUUUGAGUCGCAGUGUAAGUCAGCUUGUUUGCGCGUCCUGGUUGAAGGUGUUUGCCUUUGUACAGACUGUAUCUAGCUUUUUAAGUGCCUAGCUUUGUUUCUGAGGAAGUUAUGGAGGCAUGCAUUCUGAAUGAAUCUUGUUCGAUCUGCAUUUCAAA